CAUAAAGCAAAUCUUUUGGAAGUUGUGUAAAGGGAAUAAGUGGGGGGAAAAAACCCUUGAGAUAACCGCAGCAUCCACCGCACAAGUAGCUGACUGUAACUCCUUCUCGUUCUCUCUCUCUUUUCUGGCUGUCAGUCGCUGGAGGAUUUGUUGGAGUUUUCGAGCGUCUCUGCAUCUGUGAGGAUGUUGUGGCUGGUUUUGUUCCUGCCUGCCAUCUCCUUGGCUCAGCGAUCAGAGCCUAUGUUCUCAGCUAUAACCAACACUGUCCUUCCUCCUGACUAUGACAACAACCCCACCCAGCUCAACUACGGUGUGGCCAUCACUGAUGUGGACGGGGACGGAGACCUGGAGAUAUUUGUUGCUGGCUACAAUGGCCCAAACCUGGUGCUAAAGUACGACAAGCAGAAGAAAAUGCUCAUCAACAUUGCUGUUGACAACCGUAGCUCCCCGUUCUACGCCCUGCGAGACCGCCAAGGCAACGCCAUCGGAGUGACAGCAUGUGACAUCGAUGGAGACGGCCGGGAGGAAAUUUAUGUCCUUAACACCAAUAAUGCCUUCUCUGGUCGGGCGACAUAUUCAGACAAGCUGUUUAAGUUCCGUAAUGGACGCUUUGAAGAUCUGCUGAACGAUGACAUUAAUGAACACAGAGAUGUUGCCAACCGUAUGGCUGGGCGCUCAGUGGCCUGUGUGGACAGAAAGGGUUCAGGCCGUUACGCCAUCUACAUAGCCAACUAUGCCAGUGGCAACGUAGGUCCUCAUUCUCUCAUUGAAAUGGAUGAGGCAGCGAGUGAUCUUUCACAGGGCGUCAUUGCCCUCUCCAACGUGGCAGAGCAGGCCGGAGUCAACAAGUUCACAGGAGGGCGAGGUGUCGUGGUGGGGCCCAUUGUCAGUCAAACCUUGUCUGAUGUGUUUUGCGUCAACGAGUACGGACCAAACUUCCUGUUCAGGAACAACGGAGAUGGAACUUUUACUGAUGUAGCGCAGCAGGCUGGUGUGGAGGACCCCAUGCAGCAUGGCAGAGGGGUUGCUCUGGGAGACUUCAAUCGUGACGGAAAGACAGACAUCAUCUACGGGAACUGGAAUGGACCCCAUCGCCUGUACAUGCAGCUGAAUAACCGCAAACAGAAGUUCAAGGACAUAGCAUCCCAGAAGUUUUCUAUGCCAUCCCCGGUUCGCACCGUCAUGGCUGCUGACUUUGACAAUGACAACGAGCUGGAGGUCUUUUUCAAUAACAUCGCCUACAGGGGCCCCUCCGCCAACAGGCUCUUUAGGGUGAGCAGGAGAGAGCAUGGAGACCCCCAGAUAGAAGAGUUGAAUGUUGGGGAGGCAUCAGAGCCUGAAGGACGAGGAACCGGAGCUGUAGCCACAGACUUUGACGGUGAUGGCCAUCUGGAACUGCUGAUAUCUCAUGGUGAAAGUGCUGCACAGCCACUCUCUGUCUACAAAGUCAACCAGGGGACCACUAACGCCUGGCUGCGAGUGAUUCCCCGGACCAAGUUUGGUGCUUUUGCCAGAGGAGCUAAAGUGGUGUUGUACACUAAAAAGAGCGGACCACACACACGGAUCAUUGAUGGUGGCUCAGGGUACCUGUGUGAGAUGGAGCCUGUUGCCCACUUUGGCCUUGGUAAGGAUGUUGCCACCAAUGUUGAGGUGUACUGGCCAGAUGGUCGUUCAGCGGCCCGACCCCUGGAGCCUUCAGAUGUCAACACAGUGCUGGAGAUCCACUAUCCAAGAGAUGAGGAAGAAGUCACUCCUACUGUGGAAAUAGAGUGUGGUCAUGGGUUUGCUCUGAAUGAGAAUGGCCGUUGCACAGAUAAAGAUGAGUGUACCCAGUUUCCCACUGUGUGUCCCUCUGACCGCCCUGUCUGCACCAACACCUAUGGCAGCUAUAAGUGCCGUGCCAAGAGGAGAUGCAACCAGGGCUUUGAGCCCAACGAUGAUGGGUCAGCCUGUGUGGCCCAGGUGGCUUACUUUGGGGGGACGCGGUCUUCUGGAGAACGCAAGCGUUCGGGCCUUUCUUUUUGGAUGCUCCCUGUCUCUGUGCUACCACUUGUCUCUACCCAUCUUCAGACUGGACUACUGUAGCGGUCACUGUCUUCUCCCCUUCCUAACUCUCUCCACUGCUAAAUGGGGAUGUACAGAACCUCUCAGAUCAAACUUUUCACUGAAUCGUCUACUACUUCUUCUCCUAUGUGGAUGUCUGCUAUCUAUUUCCAUCAGUUAUUUACAGCCUUGCCCCCUCCUCACUGCUGCUAUGUGUCACCUCUUGGCUCCCAGCCCCCUCUGGACUAUAAAGAAACACACAGGGAGCAUGCUCGCUGGGAACUACGGGGUUCAGGACUAACUGUGUCAAACUCGCAGAGCCCUCACAUCAUCACCUGGCACUUAUCUUAGUGGGACCUGAACUGAGGCCAAGUCAAUAAGUGGAGCUGCAGCGUAUAAACAACUACUCAUACUUUACAGCAGACCGAUCGACUGGCUUCACACACUACAUUUAUUAGAGACACACUGAGACCCCAUCUGUAUCUCCAUAAUGUCACUAUGGUAAUCCUUGCAAUGUCAUUCUUAUUCUUAUUAUGGGCUUACUGGGAUGCCUAGGAACACCAGGUAUCCAAGCUUUAGGCUUAUGUGUGUGUGUGUGUGUGUGUGUGAGUAACAUAUGCCAGACCAUCUGUCUUCGAUGGCAGGUCACAUCCAUGUUACUAUAAUACAACAGCACAGUGAAAAAUAAACACACGUGUAUGUGUGUGUGUGCACAAGAAUAGGCGGGAACAAAUU